AUGCCUGCUGACUGCGGAGAAGCCAGGCCGGCGGCGAGCCAGGCGUCGUGGGGCAGCUGCAGAGGUGACGCAGGCGAUCCGGACGAAAGCGGCCCAGGCCCCGCACCCGGCAUGGGCUCGGCUAAGCCUUUCGCCUGCAGCCGGGCUAGCACCAGCUGGACAGUCGACGGGCACUUGUAUAUCGCCACACAAGCAGUCCUUUCUUUGAAAGGGAGACGCAGGCUGCUGUAUUCAAUCAGCCCCACUCGGGAAGAUCAGCGAACGGCAGUCAAUAUCACAAUGGCACACGAGACUCCAGAUACUUGGCAGACACGUCAUGACGCAGGACCCCGUAUAUGUCACAGCAGUACUGUAGGCUUCCUAGAGACAUCCACACACGAGCCAUUGGCAGCUAUUUUUGCGUUCUUUUCGAAAGAAACAGAACUAGGGGAAGAUCAAGAGAAUAUCAUCAAGGGUGCAAUGCCUCGAUGGAGUAUACUUCUGCACCCUGAAAAGGCCAUCAUGCUGGACAAUUUCAUCGAUAAGACAUAUUAUGAGUCUUUUCUUUAUUGUCUAGGAGACCGGCCCGGUUCUCUGGAAUCUGAGGCCGAGGAAUUUACCCACGUCACAUGUCUGUAUGAAUCAAGCUCCUGUGUAAGGGAUGCCCCAGCUGGUCCACUGCAGCUACCUAGACAAAGGUACAUUCAUUCUGUUCCGUCGCCCGGGGAUGUCGGAUUCCCAACUCGGUUGGCCCAUGUCGGGCCCGUGACCCGGGUCCGUACCCGAAACCCGGUCCCGAGAUCCUUACUUAACCGACCCCAGAGGCCAGCCUGCCGUUCCUACAUUUCCCGACGCCGUAGAUACCCGAGGAGUAGUCAGCGUACGGAGUACGGAGUAGUCCGUACAGAGAGUUGA